GCACGCCCUGGGAAGGGGGAGAGCAAAGAGAGGAGGAGGAGGAGGGAUUUGGCAGGAGGAAGCAGUGCCACCAGUUCUUCGCUGUGGACGUGUUCAAGGAAGCACAGAGAGAAAAGAAGAAGGAUUGUGCAGAAAGUGGCAACGUUUGGGCAAAGGAACUGGUGCUGCUUUUAUGGGAGGGGUGCCCUACUUGUAUGUGUGGUAGGGGGCACACAAAACAUGGGAACAGGCCUCGAGCUGCUCCCCCAGCUGCUCAGGUUAUUAGAGCUAGGGUAAAAAAUGAAUCAAGAAGAGGAUCUGGCGUGUGAGGGGAUCCAGCACCUCCCAGAAGGAGAGCUGGAGGAGUUCAAGUCAGCCUUCUGCAUCUGAACACCUUCGGUAGCUGGAUUGGGUUCGGUGAUGAAUUGGUCUGUUUGGGAUUAGCUCUGAAGCCACCUGGUUUCUUGUUCAGAAUUUUAAAAAUAAGAAAUAAAAAAAUAUGUCCAAACCCACGCAGUUUUUGCUGAGAAAGCUCAGAGCAAAAUGCAAAGCUCCUGUGAUUUAGGAGAGCCCUGCUGCUACCCAGCAGGUAUCUUGCAAAAAAAAAAACAAAAAACAAAAAAACAAAACAGUUUUGAUGGAACAGAGAAAAGCUGACCCUGGGUCAGCCCCCGAGCCAGACGUGGCCUUCCCCCGUCAUAAAAAAUACGAGGUACUCAUCUGGACCCCAUUCUCUGGGGCCGUGAGGGAUGCUCCCCUUGGGGCCUGGACAAAAACUGAGCUGCCACUUUUUGAAUGAGGUCUAUGAAAUGUUCAAGGGAUAUAGAGAGUUCUUCUGGAAGAGCUAUUGGCUGCUGAUGGAUUUAAAUAACCGCAAAAUGAGGCAAUCUCAGUUUGGGAGGUGGGUGUCCGUGCAGGGAGUUCAUCUGGGGUCCCACCAUGGGGGCACUGAGCUGCUUCCCUAGGCACUGGGUGCCAGAGGGGGACGAGGCAUCCCCAGAGGGGUCGGGCUUCUGCUUCAGCUCCUGCCAGCUCUUGGGGCUGCUCAGUCACUGCCUUCAGCUUCCCAGCUUCCUUAUCAGAAACUUCUGGUGCAGCAAGAAUCCUAGGAUGUGUUUCUCUUCAUCCCUUUAGGAAAGAAGAUGACGAAGCGGAGCAGGCGGUUGCUGGAAGAGCGUGGAGGUAGAGAACCAUCAGAGGAGAGCAUGAAACUCCCUGGCUUUAAAGAGCGACGUAGGCAGAGCAGGCUGGAUGCAGCUGAGAUGUUGGGAUGGUGACUCACAGCCACAAAGCUGGCUCUCUGAGAUGUGGUGAGCUCUGUGCUGCUGAAACACACAGCCUUUUGGCAAGUUUGUGCUUCUCCCAGCCAGGAGCACCCGCAGCUCUCUGCAGCGCUCGCUGCCAGGUACGGCGUGCAGCUGAUGGCAAUAAGGCUGCCAAAAAUAGAGGCAGGUCUCUAGCUGAGAUGGAAGAAAGGGCAAAGGCAGAGCCCAUAGGAAUAAACAUCCUGGGAGGUGAUAAAUUUGAUGCAGGUCUUGCUGGAGGAGAGGAUUUUUUUUUUUUCUUAACUGUAUCUGGUUUCUUCUCUGGAGUACAAGACUGGUUCCUGUGUCCAAGCUGAUUGGCAUCACAGGUGAUUAAGAGGAUCUGUUCUGAGGAAGGGUGAAAUUCCCACAAGGAAAAUGGGAUACCCAGGGGUUAACUCUCGGUUCAGCAGUUGAUUUAGGUGGUUGAUGAUCUGAUAUCCUGGGCUGUGGUUUGGAAAUAGUUGGCCACAGCAGCAAAGAAACCUCCGUGCAUGGUUGGAAAUGUUUGUAGUGUGUCUUUGGAGCAACGAAGCACUCCCAGGUCACCGACUUCACAGACAGAGCACCCACACUGGGUGCAAAGUGAGGGAGAGAAGAAACCUGAAGCCUCUGUGAGUAAAACUAGAAAUGGUUUGCUUGGGGCUCCUUCCUAGAAGACAAGUGAAAGUUCUUUUAAGUUCAGACAGGUGUAGCAGUUACAUACAGAAGGGCCUUUAGCUCUGGGUAUUUUUCAUCCCUUCUGGGGUCAAAGACGGAUCAACCCAUGCUAUUUAUCCAAGAACCCAAUGCUUUUGAAAUGAUCUAACCCUCCUCCUGCCCCAUCCGCAUGUUUAGAAAAGGAUGAGAGCUCCCAUGCAGAUGUUUCUGCCCUUAGACCUGUCUGGUCCCAGUGAUCCUGGCCAGGUUUUGUUGACCCUCACCAAAAUGUCCCGUUUUGUGCAGCUCUUCCCAAACUGUGAAACAGCCUCUGGGGAAUUGGUCACUUCAUUUGAAGGGUCCUUUCCCCUCUGCCUGGCUCAUAGUUGGAACAGUUUUGAAGCAGACUCAGUUUUGGCUCUUGGUGAAGCACAAAUUGUCACCUGUGCCGUGGCCCCCGUUGGUUUCUCUCCGUGUGCUUUGUUUCUGUGACCCACCCCAUUGUUUUCUCUUUCUUUUUUUCCUCUGCUGCAUUAUUUACGGCAGGAAAUAACCGCUUCCCCUUGAGGCGAGGAACCAGUUGAUGCUGGACCUCUUUGUGCUCAGAUGUGCUCCACUACCAUUAGCUCAGCAGGCAGCUGGGCUGCUUGGGUUCGGCUUUCAAAAGCAGACUUAACCGUAAGCACUGAAGCUUCUUGUAGGAGGCACUGAUUCACACCAGCGACCUGCCUGAUCCUGGAGCCCAGCAGCAGCCAAGGAGACAUCAGGCAGGCGCUGGAGCAGAUCCUCGGCAGGCAUCAACGAGGGAGCUCCCCGCCGGUGAAUGGAGCUGGGGCCGUUAACACCAUCAGAGGAUCUUUCCCCAGAAGUUUAAGGUGUUUUGGUUCUGUGAAUUGGAAGGGAAAGUCUCGUAACGAACGAACACCUGGCAUGGAAAAUCUCACCUCAGCUCCAGCUGGACCAAGUUUUACGGGCAGUAGGAGGUUGGUUCUCGUAAUGGGAUACAGCAGCCAACCUCAGGGCAGGUAACCCUACCCAGCGUUAUCUCUAAUGACUCCAUUUCUGGGUGAGAUGUGCUGCACGGGCAGGGGAUGCUGCUAAAUGGAUGCUGGAAUCAGCAGCUAAAUCCAGCCAGAGAAACUGGAAUGAUUCAGCUUGUUCUGGAUACCUGAGAGCUUCAAAGGAGGAGGAAGAGGAUGGGAUUUCCACCCACAGUCUUUGCCCAACAACAUUUCCCCUAAAAAGACAGCAAUUAGAGGUUGAGUUACAACGGGAGGUUGAGUAGUGAGAGGUGUCAGCGCAGUUCCAGUGGAAAAAGACCAUAUGGAGGAGAUGGUAACACGGUGCAUAGUGGAAGUUCUGUCCAAUGCUCUCUCUAAGCUAAAUGCACCACCAAUUAAUCCUGAAUGUAAAGAAAUCCUCAGAAAGAGUGGUAAAAUUGACAGAGAGAGAAGUGAAGACAAACAACUUGAAGCAAGGCAUUUGAAAGACCCAGCAGAGAUGGAAAAACAUCUUGCUGGGAGUGUGGAGAAGGAACAAAGUCAGGUAGAAGAUGACUCUAGAAAGCACAUGAAAGGAAGUGAUGAAGGGAAAAUCCUUCCCGAGGAAGGUAAGAGCAAGGAAGAGGAGGAGGGACACCACAUACCCGUUAAUGAAGAGAGACUUCAUACAGAAGAAAAGAAACACUAUCAGGAAAUCAGAAGAGAGGAGGAGAACAGCUACCACAGUGAAGAAGAAAGCAAAGAGAGCAAGCAUCAUGACGAAGAGGUAGACCGUGCUGUUGGCAACAAGAAGGCCAACUCUGCAGGUAUGGGCACAGAGGAGUUCCCCGAGGGGAAUGACCAGCGCCCCGUGGGCCACUUGCAUUCAGAGGAGGGAAUGCAGAGCCCUUACAAAAGAAUUCACGAAGGUGAAGAGGGAGAGGCAGAGGAAGAAAGAAGUGAAAAAUACCACCGUGAGUCUAAGGUACGUGAUUUCUCCCGUCAGCAAGAGCGUGAAGAAUCCGAUGAGAGUGAAGAAGCAGAGGAGGAAAAGCAACCUUACAAACCAAAACAUUCCCACGGGAAGCACGGAAUGGAUGACUCCUCCGAAGAGAAGAGAGGCCACGGUGGUGAGAAAGAGGAACUAGCUGAGGAAUCAGAUGCAGAGGAGGCCCCUCUGUGGGACAAAAGGAAUCAUCAUCAGAAACACCACCGUGAAGAACCUGAGCAGCAGCGUGAGGAGAAGAGUGGUUACCGUGGGAGGCAUGGGUCUGAAGAGGUAGAGGAGAAGAGGUAUGCAGGCCAGGGAAGUGCAGAGUACAGAGAGAGGUGGCAGCAGAGUGAAGAGAGCAGCGAAGAAGAAAGUAAGAGGCGUCACCACGGCGAAGAAAGCGAGGAGAAAUGGCGCGAGGAGAAGAGGCACCAUGACGGAUCGCAUGAGGCAAGGAGACACCAUUCUGAGGGCAGGACGUAUCGUGGAGGUGACAGUGAGGAAGAGCCAGACAGGUAUCACAGCGGUGGCAGCAAGGAGAGGCAGCAUCGUGCUGGAGGAAGGUACCGCUUGUGGGACGACGAAGAUGAAGAGCUCCAGAAGGUGUACGCUCAGGAGCGCAGAGGGCAGGCCAGAACACACUACAGCACUGAGGACAGCGGAGAGCAGCAGCGCUACCCUGGCAACAGUGAGGAGGAGGAAGAGGAGGAGGAAGUAGAAAAGAGGCAUUACAGCAGUGAUCAGCUGGAAAAUGAAGAGGAGAAUGUGGAGGAAGGAAGAUACAGCGAGGGGGAAGAGUACAGAAGCCGUCUCCCUGCAGAGAACAAGAGAACCGCAGCAUCCUACAGCUCCUUAUACCCACUGCUGUGGUGGAAGAGCCGGCACUUUGAGAAAAGGAACAGCGCAGGAGAGCGGCUGGUGGAGAGCAAAGAGGAGAGCAGGCCCGCCCUGAACGAGAAGAACCUUUUCCCUGAUUACACUGACUAUGACUGGUGGGACAAAAGGCAGCUUCUAAGCGCUCUGAACCACGGACGCUCCGAGAAGAGGAACCUUGGCAAAAUGAAUAGAUACGAUACUAAAAGACAAUACAACAAGAUGGAUCAACUUGCACAGCUCCUGAACUACAGGAAGAAAUCAGCUGAGUUCCCAGAGUUGUACAGCUCUGGCGAAGACAUGAAAAAACGUCACACAGUCAGGAAUGACAAAGGAGCUCUGAGCCAGAGGCCUCUGACAGAAGAGGAGGAAAAAGAACUGGAAAACCUGGCCGCUAUGGAUUUGGAGAUGCAGAAAAUAGCGGAGACGUUGAAUGACAACAGAAGAGGCUGAAGAUGAUCUGCUUUGGUGUUUCAAAGCUAGGUGUAGCUUCACUCACAAUACCUGUAUUUUGUGGUAAAUUCACGGCCACUGGAUUGUUGUUUGCCCUAAAAACAGGAAAUACUAUUUACUGUCCACUAUAGUGUAGUGAUUUAUACAGCUGAAAAUGUCUUUAAUUUGCUAUUAUGCUAUUGAAAUCUGAAUAGCAUGAAUUUUAAUAUUAUAACCUUUCAUGCGAGGCAGAUAUUUUUAAUAUGCUUGUGAAAAUAAUUGUGUUAGUGUUCUUCAGAAAUAUAUGUCUGAGUUUGAAAUAAUAAAAAACAUUGAUCUUGGAGCAAA